CUACACCAAGCCUUGGAUAUUCAGUUUCAGUUUAUCACUCUACCAGCACUUGUUCACUUGGAAACAUUUUCAUUCGUUACAUUUUUCGAUAAGGAACAUAAGUAAACUACAAUUUUUCAACAGAGUUUUACAUACCUAAGGCAAGAAGAAUUCACUACUCCUGAUUUUCGCAUCAUAAACGAUGGAGCGACAGUCGGCUUCCAGAUCGAUCUUCACGAUGAGGAAUAACAACCCAUUGUCGGGACGUCCAUUAAGUCCAUCCCGGAUGGCCUUAAAUGAUAUAUUACAACGUAAGGAAUUGGAGAAAAUUCAUACCGAACGAUUAAUGCAAAAUCUAAGAGUGGUCAAGAAGAAGGCCUCACUGAUUAUGAAUGACCACAAGAAAAACCAUCCGACAUGAAGCGAAUGGUUCUCGUCCUAUGGAUAACCCUCAAGGAUCUGAUUGAAAAUAUGGAGAAAGAGUCAAAUUCCGAUUCAGCUGAAACUUUGCCAAAUCAAGACUAUGAAAUAGGUGAAAAAUCGGAGGAGCAGCUGGUAUUUGAGGCCACGCAGAAGUUACUGCAGAUGCGGCAGGAUGAGCCCAAAGAUGACCUCAAAGUUGAAGAGAAUGAUCCUAAAGAACAGGAUCUUGAAGAGUUUAUACGCCAGGAGCAGGCCAUUGAGGCGGAGCUCCGUAAGCAGAUGGAUAAAUGGUAUCAUUGGUAUCACGAUGACUCUGUCCAAGACCUUGAUGAUGAUGAAGAUGUUUACUUUGACGCUACCUCUGAACCAUACGAACCUGCUAUAUGGGACUCAGUGAAGGAUAUUGCCAAACGAUGGUGUGAAUUAUUAUAUGAGCAGAUGAAUUAAUUUUAAUUCCUGCCGUCAUUUAGUUUUGUUUCCCAAAUUUUUUAAGUCUUUCAAGGAUAUACUAGACCUUUAAAUAUGCCUUUAUAUGGCUAUAUAUGUAAAAUGUAAAUUUACAUUGAAACACUUGAGAGAAAUGUCCUGCGCUAUUAUUAAAUAUUGUUUUGUUUUUGAAAGUUAA